UGCGUAAUCGUGCAUUGGAUUGUGUAUUUUUUUACGUGUUGUAGUUGCUUAAUUAGAGAUAUAUGCUAAUGUUAUGUUGUGAUAGUAAUAAAGAUAUGUCUCCAUAGGCAUUAUGACCAAUCUUUCUGUUUUUUUAAAGUUAACAUAACAAACGUCUGAAGCAAUUCAUUUUUCGGUUGUUACAUGCAAAUGUAUACUGAAACCAAAUAAAGAUGUACUUGAGAAAUGAAUUGACAUCUGACAUUUGGUAUGGCUGAAUCAAUGGACAUUGAUACAAUCAACAGUUGGGAAUCCGAGUCUUUAUCAGUUUUAGAUAAUGUGAAAUUGAUUUCUUGUAAGACGUCUGAAAUUCAAACCAAGGUAACCAUGGACAAUCAUAAGAAAGUACCUGUAGAUGACGUUGAUGGUUCUGGAGGUAAGACAAAAGACAAUGAUAUUAAACAUUCAACAAAACGGGUUGUGAAAGACAAAUCAAAAGACGCACCAGUUGCUGCUCCUUCCAUGCAGAAGAUGUCACUAGGGAACAAAGACAAACCUGUGAAAGAGAAAUCCACCAAAAACAAUGUUCCCGAAGCACCAAAUUCGAAAACAAAAUCAUCCGAUAAUAGCAAUGCUCCUAAUAGUUCUACAUCCGGAGAAUGGACAUGCAGUAAAUGCACACUACACAAUCCUGCCACGGCAUCACAGUGCAGCAUGUGUGAGGCACACAGAGUGUCCAGAGUUCCCACCUGCGUUCCAGAAUUGAUGGAUGUGGAUCCGGUCCUUCCAUCACUGAGGCGAGGAGAGCCAGAUGGUCAAGAAGAAUUGACCAGAUCUCAGGCACCAAUGCAGCCAGCUGUAAAUCCUACUGCAGCCAAGGUUGGCAAGAAGACAUCCCAGACAGCAUCGGAUUCAAAAUCUUCAACCUCUUCGGGUGGUAAAGCUGCUGCUGGCAUGGCUGCAGCAUCCUCUUCAGUUAGUCAGAGCAGUGUUGGUACUGCAGCAUCAAAUUCUUCAGGCAAUCAGAAGACUACUGGGUCAGCAGCAGCAGCAGCAUCAUCUUCAGUUCAGUCUGAUGAGUCCGAGUGGACAUGUCGGAGCUGUAGCUACUCCUGCAAUCCAUCCUGGAUGAAGGACUGUGAUAUGUGUGGCACUCCCAGGGAACAGAGAAGUACUGCUCCCAUGACUCCAAUAGAAUUUAUACAAGAUUCCGUCAAGUAUUUUCACAAGUCUCCAACUGAUGUGUCGCAGACUGGCCCCAAAACGUCUAUCAGCCCAGGAGGUGAUGUGUGGGCGUGCGAUGUCUGUACAUACGAGAAUUCUACUCACCAUAACGUUUGCUUCAUGUGCGGUGGCUCAAAGACAUCUGGGCACACCGAACUGCAGUGGACUUGCUUACAGUGUACAUUUUUAAACGACAACGACAGAACCAAAUGUAAAGUCUGUGGCGUGGAAAGAGAAGGAACAUCCUCUGACUCAUCGCCCAGACAGCCUGCGAAAGCCGGUGUAUGGAAGUGUUCCAUUUGCACAUACAAUAACGACAAUGCCACGAAACAGUGUAAGAUGUGCAACACGUCGAAGUUGAAACCACCUCGGCCAAAGCCUCCGGUGACGGCACUGCCUGGAACUCUGCAACGUCAGGAGAGUUGUUUGAUGGAGGACAUGAGGCGACUGGAGGAGAGGGAGGCUCAGGACCAGUGGCAGUCCAUCACAGCAUUUUGUAAACAGAACAAUAUAGUCUUCAUAGAUGAUUCAUUUCCACCAUCGCCAAAGUCUCUGUUCAAUGAUCCAAAGAAACCUUUUUAUUCUUCGCCAAUCCGCUGGUUGCGAGCAAACCAAAUAAAAGUUGGUGACUCGAGCAUGGGCGAGUCUCGACAGCCAUGGGUUGUGUACCGAACACCGAUGCCAGAAGACAUAUCACAAGGAACUUUAGGAAACUGUUGGUUUCUGAGCUCUCUUGCUGUGUUGGCUGAGAGGCCAAGCCUUGUGGAAAGAAUCAUUCUGACAAAGGACGUUUGUCCUGAGGGAGCGUACCAGGUCCGUCUGUGUCACGAUGGCAAGUGGAAAGUUGUGUUGAUAGAUGAUCAUUUUCCCUGCACCGAGCAAGGCGUGCUUGUAUUUUCACAGGCCAAGAGGAGACAACUGUGGGUUCCUCUGAUAGAGAAGGCUAUGGCUAAACUACAUGGCUGUUAUGAGGCGCUGGUUGCUGGUAAAUGUAUUGAAGGUCUUGCUACUCUAACUGGUGCUCCAUGCGAGAGUGUCGCUCUUCAAGGCAAUGAAGCAAGAAAGACACAAAUUGAACCAGAUAUGAUAUGGACCAAGCUUUUAAGUUCCAAAGACCAUGGAUUUCUGAUGGGAGCUUCGUGUGGUGGUGGAAAUAUGACGAUUGACGAACAGUAUUAUCAAUCUGUCGGACUCCGCCCGCGACACGCAUACUCCAUUCUUAACGUGGCAGAUGUUGAAGGCAAUAAGUUGGUCAGAUUACGGAAUCCAUGGGGUCGGUUUUCCUGGAAAGGAGAUUGGUCGGAUGAGUCACCCCAGUGGCAGACAGUCAGCACUAAAAUCCGCAAUGAUUUAAUGGUGCAUGGUGGAAUGCAGGGUGUUUUUUGGAUGUCAUUCGAAGAUCUGAUCAAACACUUUGACAGUGUUGAUGUGUGUAAGGUUCAGCCUGAUUGGCGAGAGAGUCGAUUCCAGGGCGACUUCCCGUCGAAUGCUCUACAGCCUAUGAAGAUCAUCAAGCUCACAGUGUUUGAGACAACCGAGCUCGAGUUGGGCUUGUUUCAGGAAGGUACCAGAGGACCAAACAAGGACACAAAAUCCACUUUAGAUUUGUGUAUACUGGUGUUGCGGAACUCAACCAAUCCAAACUGUGCGACGGGAAAGAUGAUUGCACACAGUCAACGACAGCUGCGCUGCUUCAUCGGUUGUAACGUGAUGCUGGAAAUGGGAGAAUACAUUAUACUGUGUCUGGCAUUCAACCACUGGAGUACUGUUCCAGACAUCCAGCCUAAUCUCCAUCACUAUGUGCUGACAGUGCACAGCUCCAAGCGACUGAUGAUUGAUGAAAUUAGCACAUUCCGCAAUCGACAGUACGAAAAUGUCCUUGCUGAUGCUGUUCUCCAAUUAGCCAUCACUAAGGGAACGAGAGAAGAGGUGAGGAAAGGUGUUACUGUGUACACACUGCUGAAUGGAUGGGCAGGUGGGAUCUUUGCGGUUGAGAACCGACUGCCAGGCAAUAGUAUCCACAUGUGGUGUGACUGUAUGGGUAGCUCCAAUGUGGUGUGUACUAGAGGCUCCCUCAGCACCAAGGAUGUCAUUCCUCCACUGCACAGACAAGUCUUGAUGGUGCUGUCUCACCUGGAGAGAACACAGCCGUACCACCUUUCACGUCGACUUAUGCAUCGCGUCCAGUAUCCCAACAUGGGACUCGGGGACUGGUCCCAGUCUCCAUCCUCCUGCAACGAGCCUGAGAUCACACCUCAAGUGGCAGCCCUGCAUGGCGCACGCCCCAUAUAGGGAUUAUUUACAAUGUUGCUGUGAUAUUUUUAUUUUGUCAUAAUUGCCGUGGAACUUAUUUUCACAUUGUUAUGUGAUGGACAUCAUUUGAAAAAUUUAAAACUGUCUACUGAUGAUUAUGUAAUGAUUAUUUAUUGAUGUGAUGAAACGUAAACCUGGGUUUGACAAAUCCAUUAGUCCUUGCUGAAUGUUUGGUCUGGUCUAGUGGAAAUUAUCACUUUUUUACAACAAUACCUAGGGCAUUAGCCAAAGCUUUUGUGUAAUGGCUUGCGACUUUUUCAAACAUUUGUUGAAACAUUGCAUAAACCAUAAUUUACAAUUCUCUACAUUGUCUCAUUUUUAAUCCUUUGAAUUAUCCAAUUUAUAAUCUGUUCUAUCAUAUGAUUUAUGAUCCUUUGGAUUAUAUCUAAAAUAUUUGACUGUGGGAAGUGAAUAUAAAAGAUACAUUGCUGCUAUUAAGUGUGACAAUAGCAGUUUUCUGCCGUCUAUAAUAACCAUAUAUGUUGGACAACAAAUGACCACAAUUUAAAAUGGGUCAUUAUACAUAUACAACUUUAUUUUCUGUUUUGCAAAUAUUUGAUUUCUGUAAUUUGUUUGCUCAGAAUGAAACCGAAUUAUAUUUUACUGGAUUUAUUAUACGAUUAUGAAAAUCAGUGUCCAUGUUGUGAAAACAACAGUUUUCCGUUAUUAUUGGAACUCUUGUGAAUUGUUAUAUCAAACCAUGUUUGUAACUCGCCGAGUAUGUACAUCAGUAUUUAAGAAAGAAUAACGUACCAUGUUAUAUCAGUCUGGUAAAUUCUUUUACCAAAUACAAGAAAUGUUCAAGAUUGUUUAACUGUAAGUUCACGUGGUUACAUCAUAUGAUCUCUUUAAUAAUUAUGUGUUACAAAAGUGAUAAUGUCUUCUAUCACUUUGUAAAUGUUUUUUUAAUGAUUAUUUUAGAUUUCUUGGGUUUGCGACUUCAUUGUUUUGAACAUAAUAUUCUAAACUCCGUUAAACUUACAUAUAUUUCUUAUGGAUGCUUAUAUUUAUAUAUGUAGAAAUCAGAACAUAUAAUGCAAAGGUGAUUUUUCAUUUUUAAAUCCAUCUUUUGUAAAAAAAAAAAAAAAAAAAAAAAAAAAAAAUUAAAAAAUUUAAAUAAUAGAAAAAUGUUUUUAUCUGACUGUGAUAUUAUGAGUUUUCUAACAUAAAUAGUAGCAGAGUGUGCUCCAAGUUAUGAAACCAAGUAUGUAUAUUUUUGUGUAUAUAACUAAAAUUAAGACUACAAAUUACUUCAUUUUUGGCAUGCUUGCUCAAUUUUUAAUUCCGUAGGUGCAAUACGACACAUGGUAUACUGCAAUAUAGUGAAGAUAUUUCCUGCAAUCACAUUUUCAUACAUAAUAUAACUGGUUUACAAAGGAUUUUUCUUUGUUGAAAACUCAAAUCGGGGAUAAUAUUCAAGCAAAGUAAAUUUUUGUCAAUAUUUUUAAAUCUUUUUAAAUCAAUUUGGGUUCAAAAUGGUAUCCUUUUAUUAUAAAUAAUUCAUGUCUUUUGUCAGUUUUCAUUGGAUAUUGUUCAAGAUGCCUGAGGUAAUAAUGUUGUAAACACAAUACAUGGAACAUUUAUGAAGUCAGAAUCAAUAGAUGGACUAAUUUACUACCAUAUAUACUGUCAGGUUUAUACUUAUCUUUAAAAACCCAUUUAUAAUAGUUGAUCCACAAGCAGGCUUGUUUGAGGACUACAUGUGCAAGUACAUAAAGACUUAAAGUGGGUGGGGAAGGAGGAAUUAAUACAGAGAUGUAUUAAGUUUGGAAUAGAACACAUUUGGAUACAAGAUUUAUUUAUUUUGAGGAUAAUGUUGGGUUUUUUAAGUAGUUAUUGCUAUUUUGUUACAAAAAAUAUACAAAUAUAAAUAUUUUGAACAUUUGAAGUAAAGAUUUCAAACAUUUUAAAUAAGUCAUUGUUUGUCCCUAAAAAAUCUUAUUUUAUUUUAUUAUGUUACAAAAAUAAAUUGUUGGAAAUUUAAGUAUUUUUAAUCAGUGUUAAUUACAUUAAUAUAUGUACUGGACUCGUUUUCAUUGCAUACCAUGUUUGAAAGCAACUUUUAUUUUUACUUUUUGUUUGCAUUGUAUUAUAUUCUUGGUAUUGAAAUAAUAUUUGUAAAAGUAUAGAAAAUCAUGUUUUGAUCAUUUAGGUAGUAUUUUCAUGUGGAUGACACAGGUUAUUUUCAUAAUUUACAUGCAUGUUGAUUAAAAAAAAAAAGAGGUACAAUUAGAAUUGAUUUUAUCUUAAACUGCUAAUGUGCCAAUGUCAACAAAUUUCAGUCUCUGAGCUAUGAUUUAAUAUUAAAUGAUGCGUGUUGUGGAAAAUGUGAAAAUAAAUAUUUUAUUAUUAA